AUGAACCCUGCAAGCAGACCAGGCUCGUUACCGCAGGGCGAGCAGCGCGGUGUCGCUGGUGACGGCACACAGCGGCGAGUGGCGGUCACGGCGCACGAAGCGGCACCUCUGCCGAGGCCUGGUACGGGUCCAUCACCCGCGGACUAUGCUACUGCGUCCGCUAGUCGGUAUGGGGCAGCGUACGAGCAGCAGCGUUUGUCGGAAAGGUCCACGUUUCGGCAGCAACAACAGGCUUCCGCAGAGUCGCACGGUACCGGUAAUAUGGGGCAGAUAUCUGAGGCGCAGCUUGCUCGUAACGUCUCCGAUCAAGCUGAUCAGGUUACACAGCGGCCGGGGCGCUCCUCUGCCUGGUCGAGUGAGGCUUCCUCGCAAGGUAAUGGAACGGCAUAUACAGGUGCAGGGGCGGCUAUGGGCGCAGCGCCGCCUCCACCAGGUCGCCAAAGCGUUCUCCCAACGCCACAGCAACCACAGCGGUCGCCUGCGGGACUGUCAUCACGUUCUGGGGCGUAUGAGGCAACUGCGCACUCUGAGUCGGCGUCGGCUCUGGGACAAGCGUUGCCCCCACAGAGAAUCAGCCCAGAACGCACAGCACCACCCGUCAGGGGCAAUAUGUCGAACACGAUGGCAUCCGACGCUCUGCAUGCAUCUGCCGCAGAUAUCUAUGGAUCACCGCGUCGUUUUGAUACACCCAGUGACAACCAGGGGGCAAUGACCACUGACCCGAGAGCUGCUGCUUCAGCUCUCGCGUCAAACAGUAUACCACGAGCGGGAGUUGCUCAAGGUCUACAGGCCCGCCCGAUGCCGCAGGGCACCGAUUCGCUGUCCAGCGAUGGCCAGCAUUCCGCUGAAGGCGGAAAUCCUACGAACAGCGCACAUACUGGUAGAGCUGGCGGGUACGUUCCUGCUCCAUUAGGGUCGAGCGCCUAUACAGGGCGUGGUGUAACGGCAGCGACACUCGAAGCAGGACAGCACAUGGAGCAUCAGCGUCCGAUGCUGAUAUCGGAUCAGGGGCGCUCGAACCUGAGCCAUCCGAGCGGUGCACCAGGCGAUGCGAGAUACACCCCACAGGCUGCUACAUCCCAGUGGGCGACAACUGGCUACGGAGUCGCCGACUCGAUUGCUUUCGGUUCCAAUCAUGGCGAUAGCGCAACAGCUACGGCUGUGCAGCAUCCAUCGGGGAUUCGUACCGGACCGGAUACGGCAAGGGGCAUGCCCUCUGCACAACCGGUACCUGGUUACCGUGCCGCAGCACCUACUGUACCGCACCUUCAUCCAUCGAUGGAUGCGUCGAUGAUGAAUGGCGCAUCGCCGGUCGCAACUGCUACCAGUGCCGGACAUGGAACCGCGGCGGGCAACCAGUAUACAGAAGUUAGCCAGCGCAAUACGGUACCGUUUUCGUCUCAAGCACCGGCUGUAAUGCCUCGAGCACCGCCAGGUGGACCCUCUGGAGGAAUCACCACCACAGUGUCGCCUCCAGGCCAGAAUCGUGUCCCGUCAUUUUCGAAUCCGUUGUCGAUGGGUACGUCGCUUUCUGCUGGCGCCAAUGCGCUGGGAUCUACCACGAGAUCAACCAUCUCAUCCGGAUAUAGCCCCGUCGGAUAUGCUAACCGACCUGUACCUGGCGUUUUGAUGCCCAGUCCUGGAGAUGGACCCCCGACUGCGGGGCAGUUCGCUCCAGCAAUGGCGUCUGUGGGUCCAGCGUACGCCCGGCAGGGCAAUUCUGCUGUUUCAUACCAAGCAGUUCCGGGAAACGUGCCGUAUCCGAUGCAACCCAUUCCUGGUAGUGGCGGUGCGGGGCCGCAAAUGGCGGGUCCUCCAGUACCUGGUUCCUAUGCGAACUUGCCAACCGGUAUGUCGACUGCGCCCGGAGCGCCAUACUACGGGCCACCUGGCGGAAUGGUAAGCGCACCUGUUCAAGCGAUUCCAGCGCCAGCAGCAGCAGCAGCGACUCCGAGUACCGACUUUGCAUCGCUACCACGCCCCGCACUGGAUCCCGACUCUGUCAUGUAUCGAGUAUGGUUCGGUGAUGCUUUGCAGCGGGACCUCCUGUGGCCGCAGCAGGUUCUUGCUGGCGACCGUUCCGCCCAUGGAGGCGGAUAUAAUCCGGGAGCUGCGGGUGCUGGGAUGCCUUUCGAACCUCAGAUUAACUUUUGUGCCUUUGAUCCAACCUGGUGCUGCCCGAUUGAGCUCUUCAGACCCUGCCACCCGUCGCGGAUGCGCAUGAGCGUCAACUUCUUCCCAAACAGUGCUGCUACUCGCAGCAAGACUGGACUACCAUUGGCUGCGAUUGUACGCCCUCUGGCACCACCACUGAGUGACGAUCCUCUUGAUCAGGUGCCUGUGGUGAACUUUGGAACAAACGGUAUUGUGCGUUGUCGUCGUUGUCGAACGUACAUCAAUUUCGGUGUAACAUUUACGGACGGUGGUCGACGUUGGCGCUGCAAUAUCUGCCAACUGCUCAACGACGUUCCACCCGAGUACUAUUCUCCCUUGGACGCAAAUGGAAAGCGGCAUGAUAUUGCUGAGCGGGCAGAGCUGUGCUCCGCCUCCGUCGAGUUUGUCGCACCGAGCGAGUAUAUGAUUCGGCCUCCACAACCACCGGUUUACGUCUUUGUUUUAGAUGUUUCGUAUGGAAGUAUCAUUUCGGGGGCGUUUAUUACGUUUGUAGAGACGAUUCGUAGCAGUCUGGAUCUGCUUCCACAGGAUGGUCGCACACGUGUCGCCGUGCUCACGUUUGACACCCAGUUGACGUAUUGUGUGCUGCCGCCGGGCCAACAGGGUGAACCUCGUUUCCUGGUGACACCCGAUGUCGACGAUGUGUUUCUACCGACGCCUGAGGAUGUGCUUGCGUCGCUGGAUGAGUCGCGGCCGGCUUUAUUGAGAUUGCUCGACAAACUGCAGACCAUCUACGAUCCGGCAACGCUGCAGAGUACGGCAACCUUGACGGGGAAUGCGCUCACAAAUGGAAGCGCCUUGGGCAGUGCAGUGAUGGGCGCAUAUUAUAUCAUGCAGCACUGGGGUGGCAAAAUGGUUGUCCUUGGUGCGUCGCGUCCAACGAUGGGCAUCGCAAAACUCAAGGAUCGUGACGACGCCUACGCGCUCUUUACAGACCGAGAGGCUCGGCUGCUGUCGCCUGAAGAGGGCCAAUACAAACGCCUAGCGGUCGACUUUGUCCGAGCACAGGUCAGUGUUGAUCUGUUUCUGACGCCACCCAGCGGUACCUACGUAGACGUGGCGAGCCUCGGCUGCCUCUCAAAGUACACUGGAGGCGAGCUUCUCUACAUUAGUGGCUUUGAAGCGACGCGCGAUGGUGCUCGUCUAGCGCGAGCGCUCCGCCGCAACCUCUCCCGCGAGACCGGGUUCGAGGCGGUAUUCCGACUCCGCGCAAGCAACGGUGUCCGUUGUUCGCGUUUCCAUGGGCGCUUCUUCACCCGAAGCUCCGACCUUUUAGCGCAACCGAAUGUCGAUUCCGACAAAACCUAUGUGGUGGAGCUGAGUUUCGACGAGGCACAGCUGUCAAGUCGCUAUCUCUGUGCACAAAGCGCCCUUUUGUACACAACAAGCCGUGGGGAGCGACGAAUCCGGGUGCAUACAAUCGUUGCACCGGUAACAUCCAUUGUGAACGAGCUCUAUCGCAGUGCCGAUGUGAACGCGGUUGUGAACCUCCUGGCGCGCUCGCUCUUCGAACACUGCACCAUGAAGAAGGCGGACGCUGUUCGUCGGCUUAUAGUUGACCAAAUUGUUGACAUCUUGGCCAAGUAUCGUCAGUUGCUAUCGAGCCCUGGCAAUGUGACGAGUUCACAGCUCGUGCUGCCCGACGCCUUGCGCUGCAUGCCUCUUUACGCGCUGGGCAUUAUUCGCAGCGUGCUGUUGAGUCGCGACGCAGCUACAGCGAUGGUACUUCGACUCGACUGCAAAGCGGCACUUUUACAGGCGAUUGACAACGGCAGUAUUGGCACGCUCAUGGCGUUUGCGUACCCCAACUGCAUUCGCCUUGAGGACGGCACUGGUGUACACGCUUCGGCUGCUGCUCUGUCUGGUAUGGUGCUCAUCGACGCGGGCUUUGAGAUUUUUAUUUGGAUUGCACAGGAUGUGCCGCCACCGCUGCUCGUUUCGCUCCUUGGUCCAGAGAUUACGAGUUUAUUCCUGGCACAACCGCCUCCAGCACAUGUACCCAGCCCGAAAGCGCUCGGUGAAGAGGUACUGCGGUUGCCGUACCACGAGCCGAACGACCGUGGGCAUGAAAUGCGCCGUCGCAUUCACGCUGUUCUGGAAGCGCGCUGGGACGCACAGCCGGUUGUUUCUCUGGUUCGACAGGGCACACCAGCAGAAGCCCGAGUCCUAACGCUGAUGACUGAGGAUCGAACCUCCUCGGAGAUGGGCUAUCUCGAAUUUCUCGCGGCCAUUCAGCGGCAAUUGCAACAGCGUGUGGUUGGCUCGAACGCUGCCGCCGGGCGUUCGUAA